CCGCGGGUGUCUAUCUGUGUCAGAUAAUACAGCUAACAAUUCAACUUACACGUAAACAUAUCUCGAAGAGACUUGCACUACUGAUCCGUUUUUCAUUAUUUCAGAGAUCAUUCGUGCAGAUAAUUUCGGUGCAUCUAAAAAAAUGCGCACCUUAACUAGAUGCUGCUUCUCCUCGAAAACAGAAAACCCCUGGGAGAAUUUUAUACCUAACUCCACGGGACAUCUAAAGCGGAAGGCUCGCAAAUGUUCUUGAACAUAAAUAGAAACUAGUAAUAUA